CAAAAUGAUGCAAAUUCCUAGAUAAUAAAAAAAACACUAUCACGAGUCUAUUUCUCUUUGGGCAAAGGAGUAAGACCCCCCCUCGCCCCUCGCUAUUCUUCACAAAUUGGAAAAGGCUUUUCUUUGCCCCUGUUUGAAGAACUUCAUUAUUGCUGCUUUCAACUUAAUUUCACUCUUCUAACCAAGGUGUUAUUAAAGGUCUAUUUCUCGGUGAACGUAACAUUCAUUAAACUUUCAUCGGAUUAUUAAUUUGCCUACCCUUUCAUGGAUUUGAAGUUUGAAUAUCAAGAAGAGUAUUGGGAGAACUCAAGGAAAGUGAAGCUCUUCACAUGCAAAUGGUUGCCGGUUUCUUCUCCUAAGGCCCUUGUUUUCCUUUGCCAUGGUUAUGGCGUGGAAUGCAGUAGUUUCAUGAGAGAAUGUGGAGUGAGGUUCGCGUGUGCUGGAUAUGCGGUGUUCGGGGUCGACUAUGAAGGACAUGGACACUCUGCAGGGGUUCGUUGUUACAUAAAAAAGUUUGAAAACGUUGUUAACGAUUGUUAUGAUUAUUACAAGUCAAUUUGCGAGCUCGAAGAGUACAAAGGAAAGACCAAGUUCUUGUAUGGAGAGUCAAUGGGAGGGGCAGUUGCCCUACUAUUGCAUAAAAAGGACCCUUCCUUCUGGAACGGUGCCGUUCUUGUUGCACCAAUGUGUAAGAUAUCAGAGAAGACGAAGCCACAUCCCGCGGUUGUGAGCAUGUUGACGAAAGUGGAAGAUCUUAUACCAAGUUGGAAAAUAGUUCCCUCAAAGGAUGUCAUCGAUUCAUCUUUCAAAGAUAAAGCCAAACGAGAAACGAUAAGGAAAAACAAGUUGAUCUACCAGGAAAAGCCCAGGUUAAAAACAGCAUUGGAAAUGCUGAGAGCCAGCAUGAGACUCGAAAACAGCUUACACGAGGUGACACUGCCGUUCUUAGUGUUGCAUGGAGAGGAAGAUAUAGUGACAGACCCAGAAGUAAGCAAGGCAUUACAUGAGCGAGCCAGCAGCAUAGACAAAACCAUAAAAAUCUACCCAGCAAUGUGGCAUAGUUUAACAUCUGGGGAGCCUGAUGAAAACAUCGAAAUUGUCUUUGCAGACAUCAUAAAUUGGCUGGACAAGCGCGCUAGCAAGGCAGGUUUUGAGUGUUUUCAAUCAAUUCAAACUUGUGACGAUUGCAACGAGAAAUUAACAACGGAUGCAUCACCGGCUAAUGUUAACAAACAAGAUGUACAGAAAAUACAAAGGCAAGGAAGCAAUCUUGAUGAGUCGCAAGGACGCCGCUCAUCAAUGUAAUGGGAAUUUUCAAUUGUUGCCAUGUAGAUACAUAUUGUUUGAAAAUUAUGCCUUUACCCUGACCAAAUUCAUUCUCCCUCCGGAGUAAAUUUUCUAUGGUCCGGGAGUACCAAAACUAGGUGCUUCCUU